ACGAUGUCCAUUAUACAGCAAAUGACAGGUCCUUCAAGUGGACCUUCAAUGGGACCUAUGGAUCCUAUGAAUGGCGGCAACAACGUGUUCCCCGGCACAGGGCCAAGUAGCCAGCCAGCGCCAUCUAGUGGUGCCUCUGGGGCAUCGUCGAUGUCCAGCCUAGGGAUGCACAGCGGUCAAUUACCCGGCGGUUUCUUCCCAGGUGCUGCCUCACAGUCUCUUCUGCAUUCACCGAUGCCAGACAUAUUCCCACAGAGCCCAGCAGCUGAUCCACAAAUGCAGCAAUUCCUCCAGAGCUUCCAACAACCCGCGGGUAUGUCUCCAUUUUUCGGAGGAGCAAGAUGAUGAUUUCUGUUGGAAGCACACGUGCGUUGUGAGAAAUUUGCGCGCGGGAUGAUGUACUGGCUUCAAGAUGAACUGUAACCACGUUUCGAUUAUGCAUCUAAAAAACUUUGAUUCAAAGCAAUAAAAUACAAAAA